AUGACUUCCUCUAGCACAAGAAAUAUUACUCACUCCUCUAGCAAAUCGUUGGUUGCUAUCAAUGGUUCCCAAUUACCAUUAAAGCUUACCCCUCAAAACUACUCCACAUGGAGAGCUCAAAUUACUCCUUCACUUCGAGGACAUAAUCUCAUGGGUUAUGUUCUUGGCACCAUUAAAUCUCCUUCUGCCACCAUUGAAAAGGAGGGUCAACAAGUUUCAAAUCCUGAUUAUGAAUUUUGGGAUUGUGAGGAUCAAUUAAUCUUGGCAACCAUAAUUGCUUCGGUAACAUUUUCUGUGAUGAAUACAAUUGCAGAUGCCAAGACCUCAGAGGAGGCAUGGAACAAUCUUCAAGUAGCCUUUUCAAAGAAGUCAGCCACUAGAAUUCUGUCAUUGCGGGAAAAAAUAUCCAGAACAAAGCGAGAUUCAUGCCCUGUUGCUGAGUAUCUGCAAACUAUCAAGUCGAUUGCGGAUGAACUCUCUCUAUGUGGCAGUCCUAUUACUGAUGUUGAUCUUGUGGUGCAUGUUGUCAGAGGAGUUGGGUCUAAAUUUCGUGACAUUGCUGCAACUAUUCAUGCUCGGGAUACUAUGAUCACAUUUGAUGAACUUCAAGACAAACUAUUGGCUCAUGAGUUGUAUCUUAAACAAAUCGAUCCUAGUUUUGAUUCCACUCCAAUCAUGGCCAAUUAUACUCGCAAAGGCAAUAACAUCAAGCAUUCUUCUCAGCAAAAAUAA